ACCAAAAAUCCUUACACCAAAGUUUGAGACCUAGGCUGUAACUUGAUCAACAAAUUAUACGGAUCAUGUUUUCUGACACUAAUCACGGUCGAUGGCGAGUAAUUGUAGAAUCUCCACCUCCAGCGCUUACAGUAUGAUUUCCAGCAUGCGCAGUAUUUUGUGUUUACAGCAUGAGACAAUUCAGCUCCGACCUGGAGGAUUGCCAGCCUCAGAAGCCGUUGCGCGCUUGGCGCAGGCGCACUGAGAGGCGGUGUGCUUAUCGGUGGCGCACGCUGUGAGCAGCUGUUGGGUUUUUGAAGUUUGAAUUCGGGAACGUUCGAUCCGAACGGCUCGCGCUGAAAUGCCCAAAGUUAAAAACGAGAAGAAAUAUGGAGGGCGCAAACACGCACAGGGACAAAGUCAAGGUAUUGUGUUCAACACUGGAAUUGGCCAGCAUGUUCUGAAGAAUCCUUUAAUUGUGAAUAGCAUCAUUGACAAGGCUGCUAUUAGACCAACAGAUGUCAUUCUGGAAGUUGGACCUGGUACUGGUAACAUGACUGUUAAACUUCUGGAAAAGGCUAAAAAGGUAAUUGCUUGUGAACUUGAUACCAGACUUGUUGCUGAACUGCAGAAGAGAGUUCAGGGAACACCUAUGGCAAGUAAACUUCAAAUAAUGGUUGGAGAUGUGCUGAAGACAGACUUGCCAUUUUUUGAUGCCUGCGUAGCAAACUUACCAUAUCAGAUCUCAUCCCCAUUUAUUUUUAAACUACUGCUGCACAGGCCAUUCUUCAGAUGUGCCGUGUUGAUGUUCCAACAAGAAUUUGCUCUUCGACUUGUUGCAAAACCAGGGGAUAAACUAUACUGCAGGCUCUCGAUCAAUACACAGUUAUUGGCACGUGUGGAUCACCUGAUGAAGGUUGGAAAAAACAACUUCAGGCCACCUCCAAAAGUUGAGUCGAGUGUGGUUAGGAUAGAACCAAAGAAUCCACCUCCGCCAGUGAACUUCCAGGAAUGGGAUGGUCUGGUCCGGAUAGCAUUUGUGAGAAAAAACAAGACUCUAGCUGCAGCUUUUAAAUCCAUUGCAGUUGAACGGUUGCUGGAAAAAAAUUACAGGAUACAUUGUUCUUUGCAUAAUAUUCAAAUUCCAGAGAACUUCAGCAUUACUGAAAAGAUCCAGAAAAUCCUGGAAGAAACUAGUUUCAAUGAAAAACGAGCCCGCACAAUGGACAUAGAUGAUUUCAUGAGGUUACUUCAUGGCUUCAAUUCACAAGGAAUCCACUUCUCAUGAGGGCAAUGUUUCUGCAAAUUAGUUAGGAUUCUCAAGAUUCUUCAAUCAAAGUUAUGACAGAUGAGAACUCUAAUGGAAAUGUGCCUUUUACGUAAUGAAGAACAUGGCACAGCAGAAAACAGAUACAGUAAAAAAUGUGGGACAAGAAGAACCAAACGGGUCAAACUGGCCUAGAUCUGAUUAUUUUCUGGGACUACAGGAAUAAUGCGACUCUUGAAAAGUUGCCAGAAUCACAUUGACUAUUUCUUUAACAUUAUUAAUUUUUCUGAACCUUAAUUUCAGCUAUAUUUCCCCUUUGUACAUAAACCAAUUCACUGAUGGCAACAAGUGAAACAGUUAUAGGAAUCAUAUUACAUAGGCACAUUAAGACCACUGCUGGUUCCUAGCAGGGCCAGACCAAUGGCCCUGCUAAACUGUGCACAGGUGCAGCUAUGCAGCAGCUUGGAAGGUGCUGCAUAGGCCUUGUGCCAUAUGAAAUAUCACAGGCGAAGGUUGCGAAAAAAAAAUUGAAAACAAACUAACAGACAAAAAACAGGGAGCAUUAAUCUGGACUCACUGAUUGUUUUGAAGUAACUACUGCCUGCCCAGAUGAGAGAAGAGAAAAUAUUAUUGUAACUUUACACUUGGCAUUACUGCAAGAAGCAUGUGAUACACUUAGAGACAGCUCCAAAGCUCAGUUACAGCAAUAUACUCCUUCAAUUGGACAAGCAUCAUCAAAAAAGGUAAUUGCAUCCUGCUGAGAGUCCCAAUGAACAUUUAUAAGGACCUAUUAAAGUGUAUCCUUGGUUUGGACUGAAAAAUGUGACUUUAAAUUAUACAGAGGCUGUUGCGUUGAGUUACCUUGAG